UACAUGUACUGUGGUACUCAACUGUGCUUCUAUGACUACAUCUGACCUGCCAGUAAGGCUCAACUGGACUGAACAUCUUUUUACUGGCAUUUAUACUGGUGAAAUACUGGUAAAAGUAUUAGCGAGAGGAUUUAUUUGGCAUGAAUUUACAUUUCUUCGAGAUCCAUGGAACUGCUUAGAUUUUCUUGUCAUUAUUGUAACGUAUAUUAGUAUCUGUACAACUUUGGGCAAUGUUUCAGCUCUUCGGACUUUCAGAGUACUGAGGACUUUAAAAGCUAUUUCAGUAAUACCAGGUCUGAAGGUCAUCGUAAAUUCACUUGUUGAAUCUGUUAAGAAACUCACAGAUGUGUUGAUCUUCACUGUUUUUUGCUUGAGUAUAUUUGCGCUAAUAGGCCUCCAGCUUUUUAUGGGCAAUUUAAAAUACAAAUGCGUCCUCAAUAAUUCGGUAUAUAAUGACACACUCUGUCUGGAUGCUAAGAUAUAUGUCCCAAGUAAUGAAGAUGAUGGCUAG